AUGUAUCGCAUCGCUUUCAUCUGUCUUGGAGUCUUUGGGGCUGUGAUGCUUCAGGGGCUUCUAGCUCUCGACGGUGGAUUACUCGCCAUCUUGAAGACCAUUUACUAUGGCAAAUUCCCGAGCGGCAGAACAAUGGCGCUAACGUACACUGGGCUACCCGUCAUCGACCAGUUCGCAAACAUCCAAGUCGCAUUCUGGGACCCUGUUGUCUCUGUCACAGGAAUACCUUGGCUUCAGGCAUGCAUGCUUUGUGCGAGUCUGCAGACGGCCGGUGUAUGGGUAGUCAUUGAGUCGUUGCGCAAGGAAUAUGCACGACAUUGGAUCAUCAGAUACGCCCCAUUAUAUGUCUUCUUAUGGCAGGGAACCGGCACGGCUAUAUUUCUACCCUUCUAUUUCAUGGUAGAACUAGAGCAGCAUGUCCGUCCGACGGUGGUCCAACGAUCUUCCGAGCUCUCGCUUCCGCAUGCUAUGGCGGUCCUUCCCGCUGCCAUUUUCUCGCUCGCCCAGCCCUUUUCAAUGGUCUUCUUUCCGCAUGCGAACAUGACCGAGGCACAAAAGCAGACCGCCCUUGCAGUAUACCAGUUCGGUCCUCUGGCUUUCUACGCCUUGAUUACCACUUUUUCACAUCUGCUCUCCAGUUCGACUUCGUCCCGCCGCAAUGCAGAUGCCAAGUGGGUAAAACUCACUUAUGCUGUCUGUGGGAUUUCGUCUGGCGUCACUCACAUCGCAUGCCUCUAUGCUGCUGCGAAGUCGGCAGAGCAUCCUCUUGCAGCAGCGGAUAUGGGCUCUCUACCUCGCAUCUUUUCGGCGCUGAACGAGCUUUUCAUACCGACAUACAGUAGCGUAUCUUCUUCUAAGGCGGACACAUUCAUGACGCAGUGCUCACUGUUCUUCCUGCAGUGGGACUUUAUCAUCUGUGCCACAGCAAGCGCUCUCUAUUGUGUCGGCAUUCUGAAAAAGUCCGAGUUCGUUGGAACUGGGAAUGGAAGCAGCGUGGUUUUGUUACUCGCGUUUCUACUGGCCUGCGUUGUGGUGAGUCCGGGAUUUACGGUUAGUGCGACAUUGCUCUUCCGGGAGUCGAUUCUUAGGGACACUUUCGUCUCCGCUCCAGGAAAGAACAAGGUUCUCGAAAUCGACAGUGAAUAA